AUGGGGUUCUUUCGAGGCUUCACUCUUGGAGAUGGGGCCAGGUAUCUGAGUAAGUUUAAGAGUCUGGCGGUCAUCGACUGCAAGAGUAUCUAUGACAACGCGUGCAAGACGGGAAGCCCGUCUGGGAUCGACGAUAAGAGGUGUGCAGUAGAUAUUGCCAUAAGUAAGGAGAGUCUGGCACGUCUUGGGCCCGCGCUGCGUUGGGGCCCCACGUCUCUGAUGCUGGCGGAUUGUCUCACGAAGGAUAAGGCGGAGCCCGCCGAUAUCCUCCGAAGCUGCGUCCGCCACGGGACCUACCAGCUCGCCGAUGAGAGCAGCGUCUUGGCUCAAGCAUCGGCGGGGCGUGCCUUGCGGAAGCAAGCUUGCGAGCAGAUGGUGAAGAUCGAGGCGAAGAACUCGGCGAGUGGCGCGAGGAGUUUCUUGGAGGGUCUGGCGGAGGCUGGCGAGGGCAACAUCGAGGGCUCCAGCAACAAGGUCAAGGUGCAGAUCCGCGCGGGGAUCCUGGACGACCGCCUGUCGGGCAAACAGAGCGCCUCGCAGAUCACGCUGGUGCGCCACGCCAGCACGGGGUACAUCACGUUACACUCGCCGGCGGCGCUCGAGGACGGCAUGCGCGACCGCCUGAAGGUGCUCGAGGGCCUCUACCACACGGCGCUGAAGAACGACCAGGUGCCGCCGGCCCCGCCUGGAGGAUCGAUCGUGGUGAACUCCUUCCGCCUCCCGGCCUGGGACGAGUUCUCGGCGGGCUACUCGGAGAGCCAGGACGGCCCUACCAGCACAGGAGCUGGCGGGACGCAACACAGCUGCCGGCCAUCUCGGACACUACGUCUGCCCAGGGAGUCGGAGUUCCACAGCUGGAUCGGCGACGUCGGGGUGUCAGUGUGCGAGCGCAUGGCAGAGUUUCCCCUCUGGCGCGACAAGAUCCUCAUAUUCUUAGUUGAGGAGUGUGGUCUGCAGCCAGAGAUGUUGAACGAAGAUGGUCCGAAGUCAUGGAAGCAGACAGGUGUGUUUGACCAG